AUGAAUGAUUCUAGACAGCAGUCACUGUUCUUCAUCACACUUCCAGACUUACACAAACUCUGUGCUGUGAGGAUAAUAUUGAGUCAUGGGAUGGCAGAUACUGAGAUUAGGAGUACACAAAUGAAGAUGUGCAGGAAAUUGCUGUUUUUGCACGAAGAUAUUCUUACAUCACCUGUGCCUGGAAUAUUUAGCCAAAUUUGGGUAGUAAUGGCGAUACCAUUUUAUAAAGCUGGAAAACUUAAUGCAUAUAUUGAAAAAUAUGGAGCUAAGGUGGAGGCUCCACAGAGAGUAAUUCCUGUAAUUCUUCAAAACUGCCUUUCAUAUUCACUCACAACUAGACUUGCUCCAGCCUGGAAUAAAACUGGCCAUCUCUUGGUGCAAGGAAGAGAAUUUCUUUCUCAGAUGGGAAAGCAAAAUGCUGUUGUAUUAGACAUCAAUGUAACAGAAACGCAAGUUUGUCUAAGUAUAGAAGCUUACACAGUCAGACUGCCACCACCUGAGCUAAGAGAAUUUGAUAUUUCUCAGAGUAUUAUAAAGGAUUUUGAUACUAACAAGAAUGCUGUCAUUGAGGGACAUUCGAUUUUAAACAACUGGUGCUACGUUUUGCCAAGUAUGAAAAUGGGACAAAUAAUAAGUAUUCUUCACACCACGCCUCCUGACUGUCCUUUUCACUCAUACGAAGAUUUCCAGAUGCACUGGGAUGACCUGUAUGGCUAUAAACUUCCAGCAGAUUGUGGAAAUAUUAAAAUAUACUGCAGCAUCUACUUCAAAAUGAUAGGAAGAAGGAUCUUCACAUAUCCUUUACGCAUCACUUGUAACAGUUGCAUCAGAAGUCAACCCAUACAGUUCUUUCCUAGGGUAGAUUUGGAAGGAGUGUUGAAAAGUUUUCUUUCAGAUUUAAAAUCUAAACUGCCCCAUAUAUGUGGAUUACCCAUAAAGAUGACAACUAAACCAUGUUACCACACACAAGAACUAACUAAACCUCAUGUACAGGAAAACAAAGUCAAGCCACCCAAUCUGACCACUAAACAAAUGUUCAGGUCCUCUCUGACUCAGGCCCCUUCCACAAGACCCACCUUGGCUCCGAGUCUUCUACCGUGUUCAGUAGCCACAGACCACAAGGUGGAGCUUUCGGUCAGCCAGCUGAAGCCUUGCGGGGCCUCAACUCUGCACCUCCAGCUAGAAUCUGUUCAGAGCAAAAAGAAAUCCCUGUCUUACAAGGCACCACAAGUACAUUUGGAAGUACCAAAGCCCAACAGAGGAAAUACUCAAGUUCAAGACACAAAUUUUAGCGUCCACAGUAAUAUCGCCCCUAAAUUCAUACCAGUUUUCAAAACUCGAUCAUUACAGAUGAACAAAAAUAUCUUAGAACAUGGCAACCUGAAAAGAAAACAGCACGUUGUUACAGAAUCUAAAUUGUUUUCACUUAAAACUAGUGUGAUCCAGGAUGGCAAACUGAAUUUGGAUGCAGCUCUUAAAAAAAGAUCUAAUAGUAACAUUCAUAUGAAUGCUAGAAAUUUAAAUCAGAAGACGUCUAGACCUCUGCAAGAAAAAAACACUGAGACCUGUGAAAAUAUGACAAAAUAUCCCCCUUCUAAUGGGAAAUGGACUGUGAGUUUAAAUGUAGGUAAACAACUAUCUGACAGUUCAGUAUUUCAGAUGUCAAAUAACAAUUUAGGUGUAAUAAGUGCUGUUGACUUCCAAGUGAAUGGAAGAGAAAAUUUAACAAGCAAGUAUAUAACACAAACUUUAGGGAAAGGUCACAAGUCACUGAAAGUGAAAAGACAACCACACAUUUUUGAAUCAGACGCAGAAAUGGAAGAUCCCCAACUACUACAGCAACAAUCAGGAAAUCAAACUAAGGAAGUUGAUGUAAGUGACCACCGACUGGUAGUGAGCAGAACAGCCCACAGGUCUAAAAGAAAAUCAUGUCAGGAAUCCUCAAAAACUUCAAAGAAGCCUCAUUCCAAUACUGUCCAUUAUGGGCAAUCCAAUUCUUCUAGGAACCAGAUACAUACCAUGGACAAAUCAAAACCUAAGAAAUCUCUCAUCAUUCCUAAAGCUUACAACAUGGAUGCAAAAGAAGGAAAUAUUUACCAGACUAAGAAGAGGGCGCAGCAGCAGACUGCCUAG